UUUUGCCCUAGAGCCCUGUCCUGUCCUGGUCUCGGACCCUUCCUGUCUCAAUUUACACAUUUAAGGAGCUGGCUUGUCUGUCCUGUUGCUUUUACCACCAUCUGAGUCAUUGAAGGCAUCCUCAUGCUCCAACUGUGUGUUCAGCGAGAAUCCAUUGGAAACCCUGGUCCUCCUGAGGCCCAUCUCCCAGCAGGAAGCUGGAACUGGGAAAACAGCCCAAAACUCACCUGUCACCUACCUUCAAGCAUCUUCCAAUGAUCAGCAAGAUUCUACCUGGACCAUCAAAGUGAGUGGCAGCCUGCUUCUCAGCCAGAGACGGUCAGCCUCGUGGGAUGACAAGCCUCGUGGACCCACUAACCACUGCCACACAGCAGCUGUGCGGUGCUGCCCUGCUCACCACCGAUUUCACCCUGCCCUCAAGAUGACUGCUCCCGAUAGCCCACCCACAUAAGGGGGUUGUGCUAGGGAGCUGUGAAUUCUUCUGCCCAGAACAAGUGAGGAUCAAGACAUCUCCUGGGAGGACCACACUAUGGGAUUUGGCCCAGAUGUCAUCUCCUCCAGAGGCUCUUCCCACACCUCUCAGGGGUCGCUGAACCAACUCCAAGCUGCUGUGCCAAGCGUGCGCGCCGGGGCCGGCCCGAGAGCUGGAGUCACCAUGGCGGCCGGCGUCGCAGCCUGGCUGCCUUUUGCAAGGGCCGCGGCCAUCGGCUGGAUGCCGGUGGCCAACUGCCCCAUGCCCCUCGCCCCUGCCGACAAGAACAAGCGGCAGGAUGAGCUGAUCGUGCUCAACGUGAGCGGGCGGCGCUUCCAGACGUGGCGGACCACCCUGGAGCGCUACCCGGACACCCUGCUGGGCAGCACGGAGAAGGAGUUCUUCUUCAACGAGGACACCAAGGAGUACUUCUUCGACCGGGACCCCGAGGUGUUCCGCUGCGUCCUCAAUUUCUACCGCACGGGGAAGCUGCACUACCCGCGCUACGAGUGCAUCUCGGCCUACGACGACGAGCUGGCCUUCUAUGGCAUCCUGCCCGAGAUCAUCGGAGACUGCUGCUACGAGGAGUACAAGGACCGCAAGCGGGAGAACGCCGAGCGGCUCAUGGACGACAACGACUCUGAGAACAACCAGGAGUCCAUGCCCUCGCUCAGCUUUCGCCAGACCAUGUGGCGCGCCUUCGAGAACCCGCACACCAGCACGCUGGCCCUGGUCUUCUACUACGUGACUGGCUUCUUCAUCGCUGUCUCGGUCAUCACCAACGUGGUGGAGACGGUGCCAUGUGGCACGGUGCCCGGGAGCAAGGAGCUGCCAUGCGGGGAGCGCUACUCCGUGGCCUUCUUUUGUCUGGACACCGCGUGCGUCAUGAUCUUCACCGUGGAGUACCUGCUGCGCCUCUUUGCAGCGCCCAGCCGCUACCGCUUCAUCCGUAGCGUGAUGAGCAUCAUCGACGUGGUGGCCAUCAUGCCCUAUUACAUCGGGCUGGUCAUGACCAACAACGAGGACGUGUCGGGCGCCUUCGUCACGCUGCGCGUGUUCCGCGUCUUCAGGAUCUUCAAGUUUUCCCGCCACUCGCAGGGCUUGCGGAUCCUGGGCUACACGCUCAAGAGCUGUGCCUCUGAGCUCGGCUUCCUCCUCUUCUCGCUCACCAUGGCCAUCAUCAUCUUUGCCACUGUGAUGUUUUAUGCCGAGAAGGGCUCCUCCGCCAGCAAGUUCACGAGCAUCCCUGCGUCCUUUUGGUACACCAUCGUCACCAUGACCACGCUGGGCUAUGGAGACAUGGUGCCCAAGACCAUCGCCGGGAAGAUCUUCGGCUCCAUCUGCUCCCUGAGCGGCGUCCUGGUCAUCGCCCUCCCGGUCCCUGUGAUCGUUUCCAACUUCAGCCGCAUUUACCACCAGAAUCAGAGAGCUGACAAGCGGCGGGCACAGAAGAAGGCCCGCCUCGCCCGGAUCCGUGUGGCCAAGACCGGCAGCUCCAACGCCUACCUGCACAGCAAGCGCAACGGACUCCUCAACGAGGCGCUGGAGCUGAUGGGUACCCCGGAAGAGGAGCAGAUGGGCAAGACCACCUCACUCAUCGAGAGCCAGCACCAUCACCUGCUGCACUGCCUGGAAAAAACCACUGGGUUGUCCUAUCUUGUGGAUGAUCCCCUGUUAUCUGUACGAACCUCCACCAUCAAGAACCACGAGUUUAUUGACGAGCAGAUGUUUGAGCAGAACUGCAUGGAGAGCUCAAUGCAGAACUACCCGUCCACCAGGAGUCCGUCCCUGUCCAGCCACCCAGGCCUCACCACCACCUGCUGCUCCCGUCGCAGUAAGAAAACCACACACCUGCCCAAGUCGAACCUGCCAGCCACCCGCCUGCGCAGCAUGCAAGAGCUCAGCACGAUCCACAUCCAGGGCAGCGAGCAGCCCUCCCUCACGACCAGUCGUUCCAGCCUUAAUCUGAAAGCAGACGACGGACUGAGACCAAACUGCAAAACAUCCCAGAUCACCACAGCCAUCAUCAGCAUCCCUACCCCCCCAGUGCUAACCCCAGAGGGGGAGAGCCGGCCACCCCCUGCCAGCCCAGGCCCCAAUACGAACAUUCCUUCCAUAGCCAGCAACGUGGUCAAGGUCUCUGCCUUGUAAAAGCACUGGACAGAGGGCCAGUGUGGGUAGUGGGCGUGAGGGGGGCUGGCAUGUUGGUGGGUGGCCAUUGGGACCACUCCCGCCCCCUUCCCCCACUAUUUCUGCCUGCCCCCAUUGCACCCCUAGCACUGAAACCUGUGCCUGGAAGGAAAAAGAGGCAGCAGAGGGCACCUGAGCUUCACUGCUGCGGGCGUGGACUGAGCCCUGUGAUACUGCAGCUCACUGGGCAGAGAAGGGAG